AGAAUAUAAAAAUAUUUUAUCCGAGAGCUAGGAACAAAAAAGAAGAGAGAAUGUGUGUGUGUGUAUGUGAAUUCGUAUAUGUAUGUGACUUGAAUGCCAGAUUUACCGGGCACCUGAAUUCUAACGAUAUUUCACGUCUACGUUGUAUCGGAUUACACUGAAUAAACUUCACGGUCGAAAUGUCAAUUAAUAAUCGGACACUGUCAUUUAUUGGAGAUUUUUAUUCAAUGUGACACGCGAUGCAGUUUAUCGAUUAAAACGAUUCAUACUACGCGUCUAUCAAAAUGCGAUUUUCUGACUGGAUACAUUUGGUAUCAGGAAAAACGUAAAAAAAAGGCAACAACGAGUAUUAAUGAUAUUAGAUAGCAAAAAUGUAGAAUACGAAACAAUUGAUAUAACGGAACCAGGGAAAGAAAUGGAAAAAGAAUUUAUGCAAGCUAAUAGUAUCGCGAGAGAAAGUAAAUAUCCAUUACCUCCACAAAUAUUUAAUGAAGAAGAAUAUUGCGGGGAUUAUGAAGAUUUUGAUUUGGCAAAUGAAAUAGAUGAAUUGGAAGAAUUUUUAAAAGUAGCACCACCUGUUAGUGCAAAAGAAAAUGUAAUUGAUUUAAAUCAAAGUAAGGAAAUUCAAGAAAAUGGAAAUACUACAAGUCGAGAGCCCUCUACAGAUAAAGAAGCAACUGCAGUAGAGACAGAAAGUGUUGAAAAAAGGACAACUUUAUCAAGUGAAAAUGUACAGUCAGAUGAAUCUAAAUCUAUAGAACAUGGUGGUGAAACAAAUACUGAAGAAUCUGCAGAACAUACAGAAGAAAAUGUUGAAAAAAAUGAAGAAAAAUCUGAUGAUCAAGAAAAAGAAGAAUAGAAGAAUAAACCCAUAUAAUUGUGGGAUAUUUUAUAUUUCUUUGACAUCCUUAAUUUUCCACUGAUAAGGAUAUUUUAUAAAAGCUAUAUUUAUCAUAUUUUUAAGGCUGAGUGAAGGUACUGCCAAAAUAAGAUUUCUGUUUUGCAGAAAGUGUAUUGAACAAACAGUAUAAACAAAGCGAUACUUUUAUAGAAAUAUUUUAUAUUUGAAAUCAAGUAUGUUUUCAUCAUCAGAUUUUUUUAUAGGUCUGACUAGAAAAUAAUGAAUUUUACCCUUCUUCAUAUCAGUAGAUAAUAUAAAUUUUUUAAUAUCUUAUACUGAUAUUUUACAUUAUUUAUAUUGUAAUUUAAUUCUUUAUUUUUUAAACACAACUCUAAUAAUGUGCUAGGAGUAAUACAUUUUCAGUAUUGAGAAUAUCUUUUUUUUGUCCUAUUAUUUGUUAAAAAUUAACAAUAAAUUUUUUAGAUAGAUA